UCAAGCGCCGGUCUCGCAAAAGCUCUAAAUCCGAUAAGAAGAACAAAGACGGCAAAAAGGAAAGCAAAAUACAUCGACGACAGCGCAGCAACACCAUGUCGGUUGUGGGCAACCAAAAUGCCACAGAUAAAGCCAACUCGAUGUAUUUGUCGGCAGGCCUUGAGAAGGAUGGGGCAAUUAAAGAGGAAUCAGCGACCAGAAAUUCCACGGACACACCGUCGUUUGCCAGACGGCGGCACAAACGGUCAAAGAGCGC